AGAUGGAAAAAGCCAGAGCCAGGUGCUUCGUGACCGCUGACGGAUUAUAGCCUCAGAUACAGAUUUUCGUUCCUAAUGAGUGGCGGCUGAACCACUCAGAGUGUGUUUCGCCUUUAAUCAGGCACGCACUCGAAUCUCCUUCAGGAGAAUCUCUUUCUUUCACCGACGGUGCUCUGGGUUGUUCUUCACAAUGAGCCUUAAAGUCUGGAUAUGGUGUCUGUUUUUUGUCUGUGAGUGUAAAUUUGCUCAGAGUGUGUGUUCGUGUUUGGGCGUUUGAACCAGAAUCGUACGGCGUGUUCUCGCUUGCAGAACGAACCAGCCUGGACAUGCAUCUCAAACAAUAGCAGAAGCUCAGUGGAAGCUCAUCAUGAUGGCGUGCAGGGCAGCCACACUUUUCACCCUGCUCCUGAAUUAUCUAGCAUCAUCUAAAGGUGCUCUAUCUCCUCCGCUCAACCCGAGUGUGGAGUUGCUGGAUUUCAGGGCUUUGGCUCGAUGGCUUCCUGGACCAGGGAACCCAAAAGGAACCAGAUACUCCCUGGAGUUUAUAGACAUUGAGCAUUUCUCAUCGUCAUCAUGGAAUCAACCCGAAGACUGUACGAACAUCACCUUGACGCAAUGCUACCUGAUCUUCAACCAGAGAAUUCUGACUGAGUAUUUCGUAAGAGUCGGAGCGAAAUGGAAGGAAGAGCGGUCAGAAUGGACGUGCCUGCCACGUAGCUUCCAGCCGUAUAAAUACACUCUUCUGAGUGCUCCCCAGUUGUCGGUGUCUGCUGACCAAAAUUCCAUAUGGAUUUCUCUCAGUCAUCCGGUCCAGUCGAUGAUGGAAGUGCGGAUGAGAUUCUCUGUUGACCUUUUUCAGAUGACUGACAACAACACAGCAGAGCAUAUUGCACAGAAUAUAACUACAAAGUCUUCCAGCUUUGUGAAUCUGCCGCCUGGGAUGUACUGCCUCAAUGCGUCUGCCCUUCUUACAGCAGAGGGACCCAAAAGCAACCAGAACGCCACCAUGUGUGUUUUUCUGCAUCUGGAUCCAAAUGAAGGAUAUGUAUGGGUGUUCAUUGUGGCAGUCCUUCCACUGCUGUCCAUUCCUGCUGUGGUUGGUUUGAUUCUUAUUUACUGCUACGUGAAGCCGUCAAAGAACAGCUGCAUUCCCAAAGCUAUGGAGAUUAUCGAAGGAACUGGAAUGGUCCGAAUACUGAACCCUGAGGAUCCCCGAGCUCUUCCAAUUUCAUGGAUAUUCACAGAUGACUGUAAGUCUGUGCAUCAGGAAUCGGGGGAAGACUUGUCUCAGGGUUACUACGGCGGGUAUGACGGAAAGUUCAAGGAAGGUCUUCUUGCGCAAAUCAUGGACGAGUCAGAUCAGGACACGCCUCCAGUCCGUGAUUUGUACAGCACAGCUGCGAAGCUGGAGGAAGACUGGGAAAGUCCGACAGAGACGGAAUGUUGUUCUGAUGGCUUGACACUAGAUACAACCUCAUUCCGAGACGCGAUUCCACCAAGUGACCAGAUCAGAAAUUCGUUAGACUCGGUACUAUUCAUGUAUGAUGAAAACAUGUUUGAAGAAUAUUUUGAGCAGACAGAAUCUGAAGCAGAGACGGAAAGUCUGCGUUCUGAUGCCGUUUUCGGAAGCAACUAUGAGCCCAGACCUGACCCACGCUGGAUGCCCAAUUUAUAACACUGAACUAUGAAGUGUACAAUAUUCAAAACUCAUACAUGGUGCUGUUUUUUUUUUGUGUGUUACUUUUUACAACCCGGCUAAAGUAUGUAGCUUUGAGUGGAAUAUUGGAGUGGCUGAAUAGAUCAUUUGAAACACAACAGCAAAUGAUCUGUCACUUUUUUUUUUUUUUUUUAAUAAAGAUGAUUGAUGAUGAUCGAUUUAAUGCUACUGAACUAUCCUGGCCGCAGGCAUCUACUUAAUGAGUGUAAUAAAUUUUGUCCUUUUGUUCUGACGUGCAUAUUCUGGUCCUACAGAAGUGAUUUAAUUCUAACGUACCAUAUGGAAGUAGCUUUUGAAUUUAGACUGCUAUGAACGAGGGUUUCUACUAGACCAGGGUUUGGAAUAUGUGUUCAAUGAAAAUACCUUAAACAUACAUUUAUUAUAGGGUGUAUUUGGGGAAUUUUACUUACUGUGAGUGUAAAAAGCAAUGUGACUAAUAGCUCCCCCUUGUGGUGUAUUGUUCUUUUGUUAUUAUACCAUACACAUGAGGUGCUUUAAGUCUUUUUUUUUAAAAAUCCCGAAAGGUUCAAGUCACAUCCGUAAUGAAGACAUGUUUGAUGUUAUUUUGAAGGAAUGUAAAAAUCUUUUUAGUGAAAGCUAAAUACAUAAUAAAAAGCUAUUUUUUUUGUUAGGGUACUAUGAAGUGUCAA